GGGCCCGCGGGGUCAGUCGGAGCGCGGCGCCGAGCGGAGCGGAGCGGAGCAGGGGACACAGCCGGGGACAGCCGGGCAGCAGCGCCAGCAGCGCCGACAGCGACCGCAGCCGCACCGGGGCGAGCGCACGAUGAUAAACACCCAGGACAGUAGUAUUUUACCUUUGAGUAACUGUCCCCAGCUGCAGUGCUGCAGGCACAUCGUUCCAGGGCCUCUGUGGUGCUCCGAUGCCCCUCACCCACUGUCGAAGAUCCCCGGUGGGCGAGGGGGUGGCAGGGAUCCUUCUCUUUCAGCUCUGAUAUAUAAGGAUGAGAAGAUCACUGUUAGCCAAGAUGUCCCAGUGCAUGAAGGGAAGCCUCAUAUUGUCCACUUCCAGUACAAGGUCACAGAGGUGAAGACCUCCUCCUGGGAUGCAGUGCUCUCAAACCAGAGCCUCUUUGUGGAAAUCCCUGAUGGAUUAUUAGCUGAUGGCAGCAAAGAAGGGUUGUCAGCACUGCUGGAGUUUGCUGAAGAAAAAAUGAAAGUCAACUAUGUCUUCAUCUGCUUCAGAAAAAGCAGAGAAGAUCGAGCUCCACUCCUGAAGACAUUCAGCUUCUUGGGCUUCGAGAUCGUGCGGCCCGGCCAUCCCGCUGUCCCGUCGCGGCCCGACGUGAUGUUCAUGGUGUACCCCCUGGAGCAGAGCUCUUCCUCCGAUGAAGAAUAGCUGCAGAGGGGAACUCCAGUGGGACCCUAACAUGCUGUGGAGGGGAGAGAGGACCACCUCCUGUCCUGAGGAGAGGGAAGCAGAGCUUCUGUUGGACUGCAAGCGCAUUUCUCAUUGUUAGAUUGGGCUGUGUAUCCCCAGAGUUGACUCUCAUUGAAACAUGUUGCCUAGAGAACUAUCUAUCACACAUGUAAUCAUCACUAGGAAAAGGAAGAUGUUUAUGAACUGGCAUAGGAGCUCUUCCCAUGCAGCUGCAUGGUGUGGGAGCCCCGGGGUCGGUACCACCUUCGGGACUCCUCUGAACCCCACUGGUGCCUCCUGCCUGCCCAGCGUGGGCUCAGCUGGGACACGACCCCUUCACUCCCCGCUCAAGACCUUACAAGCAGCCUGGCUUGGUGUGGGGCACGUGCAGGAGACACUCAAGUUUAUCCUUUAACACUACAUUAAACCCCCAUACAUCUCCACUCCAAUGCUGGUUUAACUGGUCUAACCUUUUUUUUCCCCUUUUUUUUUGAAACUUCUUGCUCUUCCAGCUUUUGUUUUAUGCAGUCUUAACCCUGUUCCAUGUUCCCACUACACUAUCACAGCAUUCAAUAAAAGGGGCAUUCAGAUGA